AUGGGGGACAAUUGGCGAUACGGCGUCGUCUUCGAUGCUGGUUCCUCGGGGACUCGUGUAUACAUUUACAAAUGGAAAAACUACGCGACAGCAACCCAACAUGUUCCCAUCGAGGACCUCCGCCGGUUACCCACCAUCACGCUCGUUUCCAGCGAGAAGAUCCGUCCCGGGGUGGCGUCUUUCGCUUUAGCCCCUGAGAUAAUAGGGAGCGACCAUCUCGAGUCCUUGGUGGAACUUGCGCUGGACGAGGUUUCUGAGGACAAAGUUCCAGAUACACCCAUCUACCUAAUGGCUACGGCAGGCAUGCGCUUGCUUCCUGAGGGACCGCAACAAGGUCUGCUGCAGGCCAUGUGCUCAUAUCUGCGCGACAACACGGAUUUCUUGCUCCCCGACUGUUCCACCAAUGUACAAGUCAUUUCCGGCGAAACCGAAGGCCUGUACGGGUGGCUUGCCGCCAACUAUCUUCUCGGUGGGUUCGACAAGUCGGACGAUCUUGAAAACGGCAACGGCCACCAUACAUAUGGUUUCCUAGACAUGGGUGGCGCAUCGGCACAGAUCGCAUUUGUUCCAAAUACUACAGAGGCGGAAAAGCAUGCCGAAGACCUCAAACUCGUCCGUCUUAGGAAUUUGGAUGGCACCGUCUCAGAAUACAAGGUCUUUACGACUUCAUGGCUUGGAUACGGUGCCAAUCAGGCCCGGGAGAGAUACAUCCACCAACUUCUAGAUGCAUACGGUCGGCCCGAUGACCUCGAAGUUCCCGAUCCGUGUAUGCCUCGAGGGCUCCGCACAACGCUUGAUGACGGGACGUUGCCCAGCACUCUGGCAGACAGCGGGGUUACUCUCGUGGGAACAGGCAACUUUAGAGAAUGUCUCGCAACGACAGAACCACUACUGGGGAAAGAUGCGCCGUGUCCUGAUGAGCCAUGUCUUCUGAAUGGACAACAUGUGCCGACCAUCGAUUUCAGUAUCAAUCGCUUCGUCGGAGUAUCCGAGUAUUGGCAUACGACCCAUGGUGUGUUUAGCGGCAAGCAUAAAGCUUACGAUCUCGUUACGUAUGAACGCAAGGUCUUGGAUUUCUGCAGCCGACACUGGGACGGAAUUGUAGCAGACGCCGAGCACAUAGGGACCAAGGGAAAGGUAAAGGAUGCACAAGAGGCGUGUUUUAAAGCGUCCUGGUUGAUAAAUAUCCUUUACGAGGGUAUUGGGUUUCCGAGGGUUGGUAUGGAGUAUGACCCGAGUUCUGGCCUGAACAUCUCCGACGUCAACAUCGAGGCCACAAAAGAGAAAAGCCCUUGGGCUCCCUUUCAACCAGUGAACAAAAUUGAUGGGAUGGAGGUAAGCUGGACAUUAGGGAAAAUGAUCCUCUACGCUUCUGGCCAAAUUAUUCCACAGGGCCAGUCUGCUUCCUUACCGGUGGGUUUCGGCAGCAAUGUAGCGGGUGCCACUGACUUUGAGCUGGCUGGAUCGACGUACGACCCUACUUUGGGCCUAGACGAAGGCAAUGACUGGGAUGGGGCAGUGGGCAACGUUAUGGGCAAGGCCAGGACAAACUUCACAAUCAUCCUGUUAGUGCUCCUUGCCGCUUUCAUGAUAUUCCUGCUCCACAAGCGCGACCGCCGGGCCCGCUGGAUCAGUCGAAUAAGCGCUACCCUCCGACUCAAUCGCUUCCCUACUGGUCCUCUCAAAUUCGGCCGGGGUUCCUCUUUCACAAACAAGCUAUUUGGACGCCGCACUCCUUACUAUGAACGGCUCAUGGAGGAAGGGGGCGUUGGCCAAUUCGAGCUAGGGAACCUAGACGCGGACGAGUACAGUGUCUCGGAUAUGAAUGACGUUUUGCAAGCUCGCAGGUCACCUCGGCUAUUCGCACCCAACAUCACCCUGGAACCCUUUGAGGAGGCAAGAUUCGGGCAGUCCUUAGACCGCGGCGGCGUCGCGGUUCGUACCGAAAGCAGAGAGAGAUUGGUCCCUAAUCUGGUGAAUGCCGGGAAGAGGAGUCGAGCAGGGAGCCCAACCCGGUUGAAAGCUCCAUCACGGCCUCUCUAA